UGGACACGUCGAGCGGGCAGAAGUGGAGGGAGCUUCUUAGGGCUCGUGGGGGGCUGACGGGCUAAGAUUCUGACAGGAAGACUUCGGUGGCGGGACUUGACCUGAGAAGAAUCUUCUGCUGACUUUCAACUUUUCCUUGAAAAAUGGCUCAUUUCCAUCAUAUGGGGAUGAACAGUAUGGACCAGAACAGCACCAUGCCACCUUCUCACCAUCACCCGGCCACUUCAGCCUCACACUCCCACGGCGGAGGAGACAGCAGUGUAAUGAUGAUGAUGCCUAUGACCUUCUACUUUGGCUUUAAGAAUGUGGAACUAUUGUUUUCCGGUUUGGUGAUCAAUACAGCUGGAGAAAUGGCUGGAGCUUUUGUGGCAGUGUUUUUACUAGCAAUGUUCUAUGAAGGACUCAAGAUAGCUCGAGAGAGCCUGCUGCGUAAGUCACAAGUCAGCAUUCGCUACAAUUCCAUGCCUGUCCCAGGACCAAAUGGAACCGUCCUUAUGGAGACACACAAAACUGUUGGGCAGCAGAUGCUGAGCUUUCCUCACCUCCUGCAAACAGUGCUGCAUAUCAUCCAGGUGGUCGUCAGCUACUUUCUCAUGCUCAUCUUCAUGACCUACAACGGAUACCUCUGCAUUGCAGUAGCAGCAGGGGCCGGUACAGGGUACUUUCUCUUCAGCUGGAAAAAGGCAGUGGUAGUGGACAUCACAGAGCAUUGCCAUUAAUGUCAGACUCCAUGGUGUGGCCUUACUGAUUGCACUUGGAAUUAGUUCAAGAUGGGAAGACAUGAUUCCGGCUCCAGUCAUCCCUUCUUGCUCCUCUCUACACACACAGACACACGUGCGCACACACAUACACACACAGACACACGUGCGCACACACUACCUGCUGAACACACACACAAACACACAUACACUACCUGCUCAAGAGAGGUUUAGUUUACAGUCCCUGAGCUAAAGUAGUAACCUCCCAAACAUUAUUCCUGCUCCAGUCAUCCCUUCUUGCUCCUGUCUCUCUCUCUCCACACAAACACACACACACAACGUGCUCAAGAGAGGUUUAGUUUACAGUCCCUGAGCUAAAGUGGUAACCUCCCAAACUGUUUUUCAAUAAGCUGAGAUUCCUAUUUCCCUUGAGGAAAAGCCACCCAUGGGAUGUGUUCUCCCCCCCCACCACCACCAUUCUAGAUCCAAAUUAUAUGUUCUUGUCUAAUCCAGGUAGUUUUCUAUUCAGUGACUUGAUCAUCUGCUUCCUUUUUUAAUCUUCUGGGUUGUUUGUUUGUUUGUUUGUUUGUUUGUUUGUUUGUUUGUUUGUUUGACAGUAUGUGAAUUGGGCGAGUUUUUUCUGGUUCAGUGAUAGAACAGGAUUAAUUUCAGCCAGGGUUGAUGGCAGCUGAGGAACAUACUUGCCCAACUAAACCCAGAACUCAAACUUUUAAGUUCUAGUCUUUGGAUCCAAUGAGUGGGAAAUACAUUAUGCCUUUCUCUAGGUGUGAUGUGUUGCACUAAAAUCUUUGUGGUGUGCAUAGGGGUGGUUUGAGAUUAAACAGAGACCUAGAGCUUGCAGAGUGAAUUCUUGGCUGGCUCAUCAACUUGUGUUUCCACUUAACAUUUUGAUUAGAAUGAACUUGCCAAUAAAAAAAAAAUGACAAUCAAUUUGAGAAAAUAGAAAUAGAUAUUUUUAAAUGAAACCCUUGGCAUUUUACUUUGACUUGGUACCCUGGUUUGUCCCAUCUGAAUGAAUCAAAAGAGUUUGAAUUAUUUUUUCUCAUUAUUGUUUUCAUGUGUCUGCCUCUAAGCCAGUGAUUUUCAAACUUCAGCAUG